UUCAUCUCUUUUUUGUUAUAUUCUCAAAAUGAAAGACGUAUUAAGAUUUGGAUUAUUAUUCUUCCUCCUAAAUGUUAUAUAUGCCCUGUCAGUUUACGAGAGAAAUGAACCCAAAUCAGGAAGACAACGGAGGAUUGUUGGAGGUGAAAUCGCUCGUGAUAAAGAAUUUCCUUAUAUGGUAGCAUUGUUCAGAAAAAUACAUAACAUUGACGACUUUCGUGCGGGUUCUACAUUAAUAUCAACACAAACAAUACUUACAACAGCGCAUUGUAUAGUCGGGUAACGUUUAUUUCAAUUUUUUUUAACUCUUUUGAC